CUGCCGGCUGACUGUUGUUUUGGGUUGCUUCGCUGCCAUUUGGUUGACUGGUGUUUCGUAUAGAAGUUUUUAAAUUGUUUGCCGUUGCAGCCAGUUGCUUCAGUUGGUCGUGAGCGGUCGUGAGUUGCUGAUGUGAUAUUUGAGUCAAACGAGAUGUGAAUGCAAACUGCCAAUUAACAAAAACAAAAACUUGAAAAACAUCCUAAACCUGAUGUUGAAAUCUACAGCUAUUACAAAAAAAAAAUAAUUAAAAUACUUCGUUGUAAUUUUCAAACUUAAGAUAAACGAACGGAAGGCAAAUCAAAAGAUUUACUCUUAGUUAAUUACAACAAAUAAGAAAGAUUUUUUGACUAAAAUUCAUCUCUCAAAAACAAAACAAAUUUCCCAAGAACAAGUUUAAAAAAAACAUCGUCUCUAGACACGGUUUCUAUUAGGCUCCGCUCAUGUAGACCAAAAAGUGUCAAGUACAAAAGUAUUCAACUAAAAAGUGCAAAGUAAAAAUAUUCCGAAGGCAAAAUCUUGAAUCCUAAGAAAGCAAAAUCAGUUCAAAGCCUUUCAUAGUGAAAAUAAAAAACAACAAAAGAAUUAAAAGAGAGCAUAAAAGAAAACUACAAAAACACAAAGUAAAUAAAGAUUUAAAAAAAAUGUCCACAAAAAAGGAAAUCAACUCCACCCUAAUGAUGGCUUUUACCAUCACAACGUUGCUGGGAUUUAUAAAUGCGCAGGCAGUGGGCUCCAAGGAUCUCUUCAGAUGCCGCCAAAGUUGCUAUCAAAAGAUGUGCAUCACACCACCUAAUAUCAAUAGUUAUAUCCCAGAAGCGUUCAGUUUUCUGUGCUGGAACAAUUGCGAUCAGCAAUUGGGUCCCUUCCCGCUGAACAUUAAUUCAGCAUUGCGCCAAGGCUCGCUCGUGCUGACGAACAUUGCCUGGGAUCAGGCGAUUACGAAUGCAUCGAAACAGUGUCUGGUCACUUGGGAGGUCUCCGGAGGCGGUCUAAUGGGCAAUCUAUUGACUGAUAGUUCUACUGUUGAAUUAUCCCUUUGGCCAGAUACAGUAUAUCACGUACAAGUUACGUGCAAGCAUAAGGAGACUGGCGGCAUGCGACGUUCGUACAAACUGAUCGUGGACACGCACAAGCUGAGCGACAGCACUGUUACCGGCAUGCAAGCAAUCACCCUGGAAACGGGCAACAUGGCCAGCAAGGAGGGCAUGAUGCCGCAUUUGUAUGGCGCAGCCGGCGCGACGGACAUAGGCGCCAACUCGGGCGAAACGGACUCGCGCAUGCGCAUACUGAAAGACAGCUCCAAGGAUUUCCUCAGCCCCUACAAUCCAAAUGCCAACUUUGCAUCAUCCAGCCGCUCCAGCAGCAGCAGCAGUACUGCAACAACGUCAUCCACCACAUCGGACGCCACAAAGCCCGCUACCACCACACGCAGCCAAACGUCAAACGAACACCCCGCCCACCACAAUUCCGUGUUGCGCGUCAAGCUGGCGAGCGAGCGGCCAGCGGAUUACCUCACAGCAAACCGCGUCACCGCCAUGAUUGGCUCCGCGCUGCUCUUCAUCAUGAUGUUCGCGAUCUACGCGGUACUGCGGCGGAAAGUGGGGCACAAGCAGGCGCCCGCCGGUGCUCGCGCUCUCGACAAAGAGGUGCUCAUACACAACGAGCUGCUGCCAAGCCAAGUGCCCCAGGUAGCUAAGCAAGGCGCAGCGACGGCGACAGCUGCCGCGGUGCCCAAAAAUACAACGACGUUGGCGGUGAGCUGCGGUGGACUGGCCUCAGCGGCGUCGAACUCGCAGACGUUGCAUGUGUAAAGUGAGCACGCGCGCGGAAGCGGCGCAUGGGCGAAUGCCAUGCAGAAUGGAUGCUGUAAAUAUUAAUUAUGUAUGUAGUAAUAUAAAUAUUUACAAUUAGGCUUUUGCUAAUUCAGAAUUCACUAAGCUAAUUUAAAUUAAUUAAUCAAAUAGAUGUGAUGUGAUGUACUAAAUGCUAAAGAGAACAUUUUGAUUUCUAUAUAUUUCGCCUCUGUAUGUGUACAUAGAUAGCUUAAGCUCAGCGUUACAAGCAAAUAGGUAUAUUGAUUAGCUUAGCGCCCGAUUUCUGUUGUAUGUGUAUAAGGCUUUGCUCUUCUUGGCGAAGAGCGAGGAACUUGAAGCGCGUGUAUAGCAAUAUUAGCGGUUAAGAGUACGUACAUAAAUAUAUCUGCGAGCGGUAGCCGAUUGGCGGGCAGUUUGGAGCGCGCGCAGAUUGCGGCAGGCGUUUGAAGUUUGGUAGCUGGGCUCGAAGAUUUGAAUAUCAAACAAACUGUGGAAGACAAAAUUGUUUAGUGCAAAAAAAAACGCACGAGUCUAGCCAAAAAUUCAACCCCCCCCGCUGCAGCGUUGCCACCUCCGCCAAUUUGGUAGUAGCUUUUAAGCUUAGUGAACUAUUAGACUAAGUACUUUAUACCCACACACACUCAAAUACACAUGUAUAUGUGUGUGUUCUUGGUUUUAUGGAUAUUAUUUUUGUAAAUCGCAACUUAUAAUGACGAGUCCAAAUGUUAACGUCCAGUUUAGUUGUCGUCAUUUAAUGUUUUGUGUCCACAAAAAAAAAUUGAGCGAAAGCAUGAGUCUCAAAAUGUUUGUAUGAAUGUUUUUUGUUUGAUGCUUAAACAGCGCAAUUGCAUGUGUGUUGAGUAGUUAUGUAUAUUAUAGAAUGUUUCUAGUCUCACUUAUGUUUUAAUAAUUUUUUUUUUAUUUUGGUUUAGUUAAACCUGACGGAGUUUGAAAACUACACGUCCAAAUCACUCAAUUCUUUAGAAAAUCGCUUAAUAAUAUUUUUUGCAUUUAUCAAGACCUAAUAUCCAUUUUUAUAGCUCAAUAAAAAUAAAUAAAUGGACAGACCAACACCAGUGAACAUUUGUUUGGAAUUCCUUUUCUUACUAUUGCUUUAAGGCAGAUAUCAAAGUUCCACAUUUUUUUAAUGUUAAUAACAAAAGGAAUAAAUGAGAAGAAAUAAUAUUGGGUAGUCGAAAAACUUCGUGAGGAUUUAUACAUCCGAAUCCAAAAGAACCUAACAAAAAUAUGUGUAAUUUGUAAAGGUGAUCGAAUUUUCUAUUUCAACCUGAGGUUCGGAUAUCUUCAUUAACGUGACUUCCAGAACGAAAGGGAAGCAAUUACAUAUUAUCAGCAUUUUCUGGCAUGAAUCUCCCUAUUAAUGCACCUACUCUCAAACCACAAUUAAUUUUGACUAAAAUAAUUGAAGUCAAUUUUUUUUAAGGAACGCAAAAUGGAACUUUCAAACGUCGAUGAAAUUUGUAUUACCUCGAAUAUGAAUCCGCACGUAAUGUUGCCAAAUCCAUACGCAUUUUUUCGACUAUCCAAUAUUUGAUAUAAUUGGAAGAACACUUUUCGACUUUUAAUAAUUUUAUUAGCUAAAUUUUUUCUUGAAAAUUUCCACAUCUAUAGGCUAGUAGCCUUAUUCAUAAAAAAUUAAGUAGCCUUGCGAAAGGUUUAUAAGUAGAAAAAUCUAUGAAAACAUCAAUUUAUAAAGCUUUUUAAAGCUACUUUAUUUCCUCUGAAUAAACUUAUAGGUAUUUAUCUGAAAUUAAAAAUAUUUCUUUCAUAGAGAGUUCAAGUUUUUCGAUUAUAUUUUUGUUUUUCAUUUGCAACCUCUAUUGUAAAAAAAUACUUCGAUUAAUGCCUUUUUAAAUACUAGCUUUUAUUACGUUGCACCUGCGCAGAAUUAAAUCUUGCAAUCAACUUUUUACCAACUUUUCGAUGUGCUAUAGACUUGUAACUUCAAACUUAUCUCAGAAUCCGAUGAAAAUGAGAAAUAUUGAAAACGAAUUAAUCCGCUAGGUGGCGCAGAAGUCAAGAUAUUUGAAUAGUCAGUAUUCAUGCUCCGAUAUGGUUCAUAUUUGGCAUACAUAUUACUUAAAGCGAAAAAAAAUAAAUAACUCCACAAAAAAUUUAGCCAUUAGGUGGUGCAGGUCGAUUUAAUCCUCCCUUUUUUUUAGCACAAAUAAUAAAAGCUUGCGCUUAAAAUAAAAUUUUUUAAAUUACUUGUUUCACUUACUUUUGUACAACUAUUUGCCUUAUCAUUUGAAAUAUUUAUACCCCAAAUUAAACAUUACUUAGAAUAUGUAUGUAGCAAAUAUGCUCCAAUUUGUAAAAAUGUGAAAUGCAAAUGAAGAAAAUCAAAAAUAUCUUCCAAACAAAGCGAAAAUCCCUAAAGUAAAGCAGCAGUAAGUAAGGUAAAAAAAUAAAACAACAACAACAAAAUUGUGAACUGAUAACAAAUCAAAGAAAUUUCGAGGUUAAAAUAAAGAAUUGAGAAAAAGCCCAGAAACAAAGUUAUGUAUGUAUAAAUAUUCGUAAAAAAUGUAGAUUUAAAAAUUAAGCAUAGUUCUUAAUUCAAGGCAAGGAAAUUGUGUAAAUAAUUAGCGCAUAUGCAAAACAAAGAAAGCAAAAAAGGAACGGUCAAAAGCAGACUUUGUAAAUAUUUAGCAUUUGAAAGCAAAAAAUUUUGAAACGAAAUUAGUGCUUAUUUACAAAAAUAGAGUUAUGUACAGUAAAAAUGUAUGUAAUUAAUGCUUAAGUUUAGCGACUAAGUAAGUGGCAAGUUUGUAUGCGUAUGUGUGUGUGACAAAUUUAAAAGUCUACAAAAUGUGCAGGUCAACGAGCAAAACAAAAAUCGCAUAUUUCUCAAAAGAAUUUCAACAGAAAGCACAGUGUGUUAGUAAUACAAUUUAAAACUAAAAUAGAAAACAACAAAAAAUUAUGUUUCUGAGUUAAUAGAUUAAGUAAA